CACACGUCACGAGCUUCUGCGUCUCUCAAACAAACAAAUCACGCGCGUUCCUCUCUCCGCUCUACGGACGUGAAGUUAUAGGCAAUUUACUUUUCCAAACAACGAAGCAGUUUUAAUGAACAGAGGCCGGUUUCUCAGUAUAUUUUAAAACUAUGUGAGUUUCCUUUACAUUGAUGCUUGAACGUGUGCUCGCGCUUCUAAAUCUUCACCAGUUAAUAAAUGAAACUGAACUAGCAACUGAUCCUCAAACCAGCCUGUGACUCAUUAACAUCAUACAAUUAAACGUUUGUUUACAUCGUACGAGCUGACGUCUUGUCACGUUAAUUGUUUUAAAGGCACGGUAACGAUGGCAAAAAGAAGAAAUGUCUCCAAAAUAGUGGUGGCAUGCGAGUGGGCAUCAUGUACUUUCAAGAGUCCAAGCAUGGAGGAGUUGAGUGAUCAUAUGUCUCUACAUCUCAAAGAGCAUCUUGGGGAAGGAGAUGCAAUGGAGGAACUGGAGGAUUAUCCGUGUCUAUGGAGGGGCUGUGAGUUCCUGGCGAUGGGAAGCCAAAGUGAGCUGAUCGCUCAUGCCCAUUUCCACAUUUUCCACAGCAAGCUGAAAUACAUUGGGACUCAGCUUCUCGAGUCCCACCCCGAACUGCCUAGUUGCACUCAGGACCUUCACAGCAGCAGCCUAGUCCCGGAUGUUUCUGAGGGAUUCGUCUGUCAGUGGCAGCACUGUGAUAGCUCCUUUAAUAACCCUGAGUGGUUCUACCGUCAUGUUGACAUGCAUGCACACUGCACUGAGCUCCAGCCCCUUCCUGAUCGACAGCAGGCUCUCUUCUGCAGCUGGUCAGGCUGCGAUGCUUUCUUUAAAAUCAAGUACCGCCUACGUGAGCAUCUGCGCAGUCACACACAGGAGCGGCUGGUCGCUUGCCCCACCUGCGGCUGUAUGUUCUCCAGCAAUACCAAGUUUUUCGACCAUAUCCAGAGACAAGCAGAACCAGAAGAUUCUCUUACAUGUGGACAUUGUGACAAAGCUUUUGCCAACGAGAGGCUUCUGAGAGACCAUGUUCGUCAGCAUGUGAAUCAUAUCAAAUGUCCUCUCUGUGACAUGACCUGCACGUCUCUUUCCACCCUAAAGAUCCACAUCAAAUUCCGUCACUGCGAUGAGAGGCCCUUCCCAUGUGACUUCUGUGAGAGCAGCUUCAAGAACCAGCAUGAUCUGCGGAGACACAUGGAAACACACAAUGAGGGAGCAGCGUACCGCUGCACAGUAGAGGGCUGUGGAUACUCUUCACGCAUGGCACACACCAUGAGCCAGCACUACAGACGAGUACAUGAGGACAACAUGGUUCCGAGGUAUAAGUGUCACCUUUGUGACAAGACCUUCUCUUGGUGUUACACUCUCACCCUCCACCUUCGAAAGAAGCAUCAACUCAAAUGGCCAUCUGGACACUCCCGUUUUAGGUACAAGAAGGACGAGGAUGGGUAUCUGCGGCUCAACAUGGUGCGUUAUGAAACUGUAGAGGUUACAGAAGAGUUGAUCAAAAACAUGGCUGAAAAACGCACCCCUCGUAAGGUCGCUGGUUCAACCAAUCACUCCAAGGAGCCCAUAGUGCAUCUCGACAGCGGGAAUAGCACUCCCCAACACUCUUCCUCACCCUCGUCUCCUUCCUCAUCUUCCUCAACCUCAGAGCUCCUGGAGUGUACCGACGGCAGUGGAUUAAAAGGUGAUGAAACAUCUGUGUAUUGUGUGUUGAACACUGUGACUGAAGUCAGUGGGGAUCCAGAGGAAGAGGCCCUGCCCGGUGGGCCAUCAGGGGCCGUUAGAGCUCUGACUGCAGUGGCUAGAGGUCUAGGAAUGGAUGUGGUAUAAUCUCAUACCUAUCAAAUACAGUUUCAUCAGAGAUAAUCUGUGGAGGAAUACACAACCUGUUUAACCUCAGUAGAUUAAGCAUUUUAAAUUUGAUCUAUGUUAUUAUAAACUAAAAUGCAAAGUUUAGAGGAUGAUGUAUGGCAUCAUCAUCUUUUUUUAAAUUUAUUUCUAGCAUUUUGCUAGUGUUUUAUUUUAGCUUUUUACAUGAUCU